UGCACCUUGUCCUAGUUCAUGAUCUGCGAACGAGGAUAUCGAAAAUAAUUCCCCUCAUCGUGAAUCACUUUCUUCCUUGUUAUGAAUCUGCUUGUAUGGCUAUUCUAGUUCUUUGGUAUGGGUGACAGAGCUUUAUUGGAAAAAAAUUCACGUCUACCUGUAGUUGCUGUCGUUGAGUGAUGGCAUGAAUUUUGAAUUUUCUCAUGGAAAACGUGUUUCAAACCAUUGACAGAGAUGUCUAGUCCUGAGAAAGAUGCGUCCGUUUCUAGAAAGGCUGCGCUGCCCGAUGGCUUGCUGCUACAACUGAACGAUGCUAGUUCUCUGUUCACUCCUGUCAAGGCUCUGAAUCGCCUCAGGUAUACAUGCCUGGCGGUGUCUUCGCGAUACGUGGCCCUUGGUGCGAAUACUGGGGGACUGUACAUAUUUUCCCGUUCCAGCGUUUGGGAGUAUUUGAACAUCGUACCCAACAGAGAUGGCGUUGGGUCGAUGGUCAGCGUUGCCUUCUCGCCGAAUGAUAAUUUCGUUGGUAUGUGUUUUGCCAAGCACGUGGGAGUUUGGGAGUUGAAUCUGGAUGGUCGGAAUAAGCCAGUCCGUAUCAAGUGGACAGCAUGUGAACAUCAGUCACCUAUCACAUGUUUGGCGUGGGACAUGUAUGGAGCUCGUUUAUUUUCCGGUGAUGAGCGUGGCCUGGUAACUGUGACGUAUCUACCACCAGCCAAGGUGUCGCGCAAAGGAAAUGAUGCAUGCAAGAACCGGCCGUUCCGCAAAGAUGAAAUCAUCUACCGCGCCGACAGUGGUAUUGUCCAGUUGGACUUCAAGGACACAACACUACUGGUAUCGGCCAAGAAGUCGUGCUUUGUACUGGACACACAUCAAGAAGUGGCACGGCAGCUUGGCCAGAAGCCACGCGACGGCCAGUUUGGUGGCUGCUUGCGUAUCUUGCGCAAGGAAAGCGGGCGUGGUGAAUUGCUGGUGUAUACGGCCCGGCCUGGCGGAAGAGUUUGGGAAGCGCCAGUGUCCGAGAUGAAGGUCUCCACCACACAUAAGUUGAAGGAAGUGCUGCAGGCAUUGCCGCACACGUUCUUUGGCACGGAGUACGAUCCAGGGGUAGUCCUGCCAGCUGCAGACCUGCAGUCCGCCGCUCUCAUCUUCCCAUCACUGCAUGUUAUCUGCAGCCGGUAUCUAGUGCUGUGGAACCGCACUGUGUUGUGCGUGUACGAUCCCAAUGGUGAGGAGAAAGCAAGGCUGCUCCACUGGUGUCCGUUCCUUGAUGAGAUCAGCUUUGUCGAGUGCUAUUCAAACGAGGUGUACAUUGCGCAUGCCGGCGCUAGCAAGAUCACUCACUUGACCUGUUCUAGUCCCGCCGAUGCAGUGGCACUACUCUACCAUCAUCCAGCACAGCUCAAGUUACAGGCCGUGGAAGUGGCAUGCCGCUAUCUCAGCGUUAUUAAGUUGGGUGGGUGUCGACGCAGUGUGCCGCUCAAGCUGCUUGAUCAGUUGCUGGAUUUCUACAGUUUGCAAUCUGACCAAGUGCUGAUGCUUUCAUUGCAGCAGCUGAGAGAGGAGGCAGAGGAGAAGGAGGCGGAUGAUCACACGGACGGUGGGUACAGCGUGUUGCCCUCCGGCAUCGUCUCCGUCAUUCCCAACUCGCGCUCUUCCAGCUCGCGCAGUUCUCCGUACGGCAUGGACAAUGCCGGAUCUCGUUCUAGCAGCGUGAGUAGCUUUUCACGCAUGCUGGACGAUAGAAGAGAGUCGAGGACCUCGUCACCAGUACUGCAAGCUGCUGCUGGUGCUAUUGAACGCGUCUCGUCAUCUGCAUCAAUCAGCAGAACCGACUCACCCAAGUUUUCUUUCAGUAAGAAGCUGGGCCGCGAUGGUUCCACGUCAUCUGAAUCUAUCAACUCGGUAAGCGGACGAGCCGUGGAUUCACCGUCAUUGAGUGAUAGUGGAUCACGGGCAAGUACAAUGAGUGCUUCCACUCAGUCACAUCGAUCUACUGAUGUCUCUCCCAGCAAAGACGUUGCUGCCAGUGUAGUGUGUGAAUCAGCUGCUAUGAAUGCGGUGACCGAGAAUGGUGGCGCUGCUCCUGAAGUCCAACGUGGCUCCGGCGACACUCCCGGCACUGUUGUUGCCAAUGGCAUUCAGGACGCUCACGUGGCACCAGCACCCACCUUCAAUAGGGAGUCUUGGGCUCAUGCAGUGGUCGAUGAGUGCUGUGAUAUCAGUGAUGAUAACAGCGAUGAUCUGCCAUCAACAGUGUCCAGUACUACACCACCACCAUCAUCAUCAGGGCAUGCACCGGGAGCAAUCGCCCAAGACAACGAGUCUUGUAGCGUAGUGGAGUCAUCUACACGUCAAUCACCACCAACACCGGUGGAUACAACACCGGCACCGUCGGCUGUGCCAGAGCAGCAAAGUGCCAUUGCUAGCUCCAGUGUAUGUAGUGUAGCCGCUGCUCCUUACACUGAAGCCAGUGCUACGUCCACACUACCCAUUGCUGUGGACACCACUGAUGGUCCUGGCAAGACGGAUCCUGAAUGUUCACCCACGGUCAGUAGCAGUGAGGUUGCAAGUAGCAGUGCUGACGCAGCUGCUUCUCCUUGCUCUAGCUUGAAUGCCGAUGACCAUGGCGAACUGUCUACUGCUUUGCCAGCAGCAGCAGCAGCAGUGUCUGGAUGUGCAUCUACUGGUGGUGUAUCCGCCACCUCUAGUCCCGCCACCGCCACAGCUGCAGAGAGUACGGCAGCAGUAGCUGUCAACACCGCGUCUUCUGUUAGUCGUGACUCACCCACUGCCGCCCUGCCCGCCGCAGCGACUGUGUCGGCACAAGAUACGCUACUCGACAGGCCGUCUGUAAGCGUUGGUGAGCCUACCUCUCCGCCUGCAUCACCCACCAUGACAACACCGCCAGUCCAAGAGAGCCCUGACAGGCAACCAGUCAAGGAGCGACAUACUAUCGUUGAGGAUGACGUGCCUUUCCCCGAAGUCGAACGUCCUCCCAGUCCGGCAGUCAAGCGAGUGACCAAGAAGAAACGCUCGAAGAAGAAGGCACUCUCCGGUCCCAAAGAAGGUGGUUCCUCAAUUCCAUCCAGUCCGAAGAAGAAAACCAAAGUCUCUGCAACUGCGUCAACUACUGCAGAAGCUACAAUGGCAUCAGCGGCAGGGAAACCAGCAGAAACGCCAACAGCAACCUCAGCUCCAGCAGCAUCAGAAGCAACUGCAGAGGCAGUUAUGGUAACAGCAGCAACAGCAAAAACACCAGCAGCAGUCACACUUAACACACAGGUGGGUCCAGCAGCAGUAGCAGAACCAGCACCAGAGCCAUUACCGGCAACAGUAGUAGCAGAGGCACAGUCUGAAGUGGAACAAAGUGCAACUGAGACAUCAACAGCAGUGGCCACCACCACCAAACCCAGUGCUGGUGCAAUGAAACCGUCUUCUCCAGCUCCAGAAAGAGGAAAUGAAAAAGGUCAGUCUAAAGGGACGGCACAGAAUGACUCAAACUCCUCACUGCCAUCCCAGUCUUCAACAUCGGCAGAUGGCAAAGUUCAGUGUGCUAUGGUGGAACCUGCUAUUGAGCCAAAUAACACAAUGCAGUUACAGCAGCUACAGCAGCAGCAGCCAGUAAGUAAUACGAGUGUGUCAAGUGCCAAUGCCGGUCAGCGACGCUCUCCUAAGGCAGCAAGUGAUGAAGCAGCCAGUCCAGUACUCAUGGAUCAGCCGCUCCCAUCAGCUGCUUCUCUGGCUAAUCGUGUAGACACCAUCACAACUAGUGCUGCUGUACACGCCGACAAAGUGCAGCCUCCGGUGACACCAGCACCUGCAAGCCCGCCGAUUGUAACAUCCUCAGCAGCAGCAACACCAGCUGCAAUAGCACAGACUCCACCUACAGCUCAACAUGUGGCCUCAACUUCUGAGCAACCAACAAGAGAAGCCUCUCCCAAUGUUGCUAUUCCCAAGGAUAUUCCCAAGGAUCAAGUUGCAUCUACCCCGUCUGAUGUGAAGCAUCACCACGACCAGCAACAACAGCAAGCGACCAAAUCUCGACAACAGCAGGGUAAAGCACAGCUACAACAAACAAAGCCACAGGCACGGGUAGAUAAAGCAGUCAAGUCCUCUCAGAGUGACAUAGCUACUGCUAAAGUGAGUAGGUCGCAGUCAGUCACUGCUUCUCGUGGGUCUAGAUCAAAGAAGCCUGUCACCACACGCUCAACGUCAUUCAUGGAAAUCACGGUCGAUGAUGAUGCUGACACUGAUGUGGUUGUGUCGCGCAGCACUGGUGCUCGCCGGGCCAACAAGAAGCGUAAAGUAUCUGUUGAUAUCACCUUUGACGAAGACGCCAGCGUAGGAACUCAGCUGCCUUCAUUGCGUCCUAGGCCGUCAUCUGUGUCAGCGCCGGUGUCAGGGUCUGCGUCACCCGUACCGUCAUUGGACCAUUCACUAGAGUUUACCCGCAGUAGUGAAGCGAGCCCAAUCAACGCUCAGCCACUAUCGUUCACCAGUAGAACCAACAGUGACGAACCAACUCGGCAAGUUGUAGCCACCUCCUCUCCUCCUGUGCCUGGCGCCGCCUCUUUAACUAAUGCUGCUCCUGUUGUUACCCCUGCUGUUACUCCUGUUGUUAUUCCUGCUGUUACUCCUGUUGUUGCUGCACAAACCAACUCUGUAGCUGCUCCAGCUGUCACCGAUUCCUCUAUACCUACCACUACUACUACUACUACUAUUCCAACUACCGGUAAUGCCUACAGCAACUCAGCUGCAUUCAAUUAUUCCACCAGUGCUCCAACAAGUCAUACUGCCACCAGCAUGCCGACGCAGCAUAUCACCACCAGUGCCAACGCUACCACGUCCAAACCGGCUCUGCAGUUCCUCUCCAAGCACAGCCAGUCGGCCAAGUCGUUCAUCCGCAACAUGUCCACUGAAGUCUCCCAGCGUCUGGCCACGCCCAGCAAUCGCCCUGCAGUGCAAGCUCUACCGGCAAAUCCCCGCGAGCCUGUUGCGUCUCCUCCCAGAGAAACAUCACCCCCGCCAGUGGUAGAGACGCAGCGCCUGCCGUUCGUAGUGGAUCUUUGUGAGGAACUGGCACUAACCAAACGAAAGCUAACUUUGGAUGCACUUUGCAACAAGACUACGUUGACACGCUGCCUUGUCAAGCUGUACACACGCUUCAGAGAGCUGUCCGUAGACUUUGCACGAUUCUGCGGCCGUGAAGAUGACAUGGUGGAUGUACAGUUGAGCUUUGCACAGCUCUGUGCCCAGUCCAUGAGUCAGGAAGAGCUUUCUGCCACUACUCCGCUGUUCACGCUCUUUGCUGAAGUGGCCGUCAACUCAUCCGGCCUCGUGUCGGAAGAUGAACAACUGGCUGCGCAGAGUGCUGUGAGUACGGACAGCCACAAUGUUGACUGUGAGUCUGCUGUAAAGCUGCUUUGGGAGGUCCAGCCAUUCUUGGAGCUGAACAAACUGAAACCAUUGCUACAUCGCCGGGGUUGGAGUCAUCAUCACCUGUCCUGGCAUUUCCUGGUCAAGGACAACUUGCUGGACAGUUACGUGGAGGAGAUCAAGUCCUAUCUGCGGCACAACAACUCGCGUGCGGUCGUGUCGGCGCUGGACAGCAUAGCGGUAAGCUGCGCGCAGAGUCUCCUGCCCUGUAUCUCACACUUGUACAGUAUCCAUGGGCAGCCCGUUGUCAGUGCAUGUGUGCAGCUCUGCGCGUACGUAUCGCCAUGGGAAGUGGCUGCACUAACGUGUCCCGCUGCAUUCUUUUCUCAGUCUGCCGGUGACAUUGCAACUGUGGGCUGCUGCGGACGCUGCCGCAAUCAGCCCAACGAGUGGCCGCAUCUGCUGCACUACCUCAACGCAUUGCAGGACAAGGAUGUUGACUUGUUCAAUAAGCACGUGCUGCAUGAUCAUGCCCUCCUGCUGCUCUGGCUGGAAGCAGCGCUGCAGCAGCGACCUGACGACAGCAAGCUGUUUGUUGAGUAUGAACAUGUAUCAAGCAGCAGCAGCAAGAGCCCCAGCAGUGAGUUCAAUGCUCUUCCUGGAUCUCACCUGCUGCAGUUCCCAUGCUCACCAACACUGUCGCAGGUCAUCAGCACUCUUGUGGAGCUGUCGUCAGCACAUUGUUUGAAAAGAGCGUUGGCUAUGUGCAAGCAACAUGGCUACUGGCUCGGUGUGCUGCAUCUGCUGGUGGUUACGCAACAGCAAGAGUGUGCCAUCCGUCUGCUGGUUCAGUUGGAUGACGACCGUCUGCUCGGCGAGCAGCAACGCUGGCCCAAAUGUCCUGCUGGUAAGGACGAAUGGCAGCUGGUCAUGAACGUCUUCUCUGCAUCGCCACUGCACUCAACGUUUCCACACUCACUGUCCUGGACUGGCUUGAUUGGCAAGAUGGUAUCGGAGUGUGGCUCCACUGCGGCCAUGACCGUGUUGCAGAGUAUCCCAGCUGGAGCUGAUCGCAUCGAUCCACGUCAUCUUGCUGUUGUUCUGGCUUCCAGUAAGCUAGAAGUGCAGCAGCAGUCGCUUGGUCAGUCCGUGCUGGAGAAGGUCGACAUGCACCUGUGGUCCAUGCACUCCGGCGCUCUGGCACCAGCACUGCAAUGUGAAGCUGCUACUGAACUCACUCAAGUGCUGGCAUCGCGCUGUGACACUGACGGUGAGCAGCCGCGCGCUGCUGUCAGAUCUCCGUCGCAGCCUAGACUGCGUACACCGGGCCUGGGCGAUACGCUGGAGCUGAAACAGACCCUGCGCUGGCUGGAGUCUGCGUCGACACACUGGGGAGUAUCCACGUCCCUGGUGAACAGCGACUGUCCGUGUUGUUCAUUGCCACUUAGUGAGAACAUGGCGGACAUGUCACAGCCGCUCAGUGUGUUUGCCUGCGGGCACGGCUUCCAUCGCCACUGUAUCAGUGAGGAUGCAUGCGUGCUGUGCUACGGCUUGGUGACCGCUCCCACUGCAUCAUCACUACCAUCAGCUACAUCUUUGCCUUCUCCGUUCUUCCGUCCGGGGCAUUAGCACAAUUGUCGCUUCCCACUUAUCCUUGUCAUUGUCGCUGUUUGUUUCAUUUAUUUCUUAUCUCUAGACAUUAGCUCCCCCCCCCCCCCCCCCCCCCCCCCCUGAUCCUGGUCCCUUGAUUUCUACGCAUAGCCUUAGAAUCGUCCACAUGUUUUUGCGAAAUGCCUCAGUAACGUUAUAUCUGCGUAUGGAGUAGUGUUGUCAAGCUCUUGAGGAGUGUAUCACUUGCUUACUUAUUUUGCUGAGUUUAUUUUCCUGAGAGAGAGAGAGUGUGUGUAUGUCUCUGCAUGAAACACAUAACUAUCUUUCCUUUACUUCUAUUGGGUUAUUUUACCUGAAUCUUUUUCCACUGAGGUUUUUUAUACCAAUUAUAACCCGGGCAAUUUUAUUGUCUCUUCCCGCACGUACGUGUAUAUCAUGUGUGAUAUAGGCAAAGAGUUGUUUUUAGUUUUCAGCCUUGAAAGAUCCGUGACACUGACUAGGAGUUUAACAUUAUUUUGUGGUGCAUCGAGUACGUCAUGGCAUAUGACAAGCCCA